AUGGCUAAUAGGAGGAAAAAACAGGACACAUCUGUUUUAGUGGCCAGAUCGUACGCUAGUCAUCCUACCAAGGGUGCUGGCAACCCAAAUUACAAGGCCAUGCCACGCAGAGACAUUUUCGACAGAAUCAAUCUGCAAAGAAGCAUAGAUAAGAUCGAAAAGUCGAUUAAGGCCUCAAACGCCUCGCUCGCGAAGGCAAAAUCAUCAGUGAGAAGGCUGGUCAAGGAGUUCAAGGCGGGCCUCGAAAACGAAUACGCUGCUAACAACAACAGCUCUUUAAACAACCCGUUCUCAAGAUACGGAGUUCUGUCUGAAAUCAACAAGGCCAGAACAAGGAGGAAGACCACCUCAGAGCCAAUUUACAACGAUGCGAAUCCGAACGCAUUCAACUACAACAAAUUCAACGCGCCAAACGGAAGGAGACAAUCACCAAUUGGUGCCAGGCCCCCCUAUGACCCUGAACUUUACAGUAACAACCCUUUCAGUCCCAAUUAUGUGGGCGGUCCAAGGAAUUACAGACCAGACUACGUGGAACGUCCUAGGGAAUACAGACCAGACUACGUGGAACGUCCGAGGGAAUACAGACCAGAGUACAUCGACCACCCUGGGAGGGCGAUUCCAGAGUACUCAAAGGCUUCGAUGAGGGACAUUCCUGACUACGCAAAGACCACUGUAAGAGACACUCCCGAAUACUCCAAGAAUUCCAUAAGGGAUAUCCCCGACUACGCCAAGACUUCCUUAAGGGACGUUCCCGAAUACAACCAACCCUUGGGGGAUAUGCCAGAAUACAUUAGGACCAUCAGGAGGGACAUUCCGGACUACAUUGAAAGCCCAGGGGACUUCACAGCUGACUACAUUGAGGGUUCAAGGGAGUUCAGACCUGAGUACAUCGAAAGGUCGCGCAGUUUCAUACCCGAGUACGAUGAAAACGCAAGUAAGUACAUGUCGGAUUACGCUGGAAGCUCGAGUAAGGUUGACUACAUUGGAAGUUCUAGUAAGGUUGAUUACAUUGGAAGUUCUAGUAAGGUCGACUACAUUGGAAGUUCUAGUAAGGUUGAUUACAUUGGAAGUUCUAGUAAGGUCGAUUACAUUGCAAGUUCUAGUAAGGUCGAUUACCCUGGAAGUUCUAGAAGUUUCAUCUCGGAGCACCCUGGAAGUUCCAUGAACAAGCUAGAUUACAGUGUGCGCUCCAACAAGGUCGAUCCAGACUACGAGGUCACUUUCAGACAGUUCAGGCCCGACUACGUCCACAACCCGAUCGUAUACGAGGAGGAGGACAGAGAGAAGUCCUCGCUUAAGUUCGAGGACCUUCUCACCGAUGCGCCCAGGACUGAAUACCACGAGUCCACGCCGUCCAUCGAUAUUGAGGAGCCGAAGAUCAACUUCCGCCAGGUGGACGAGGUCAUGAAGCGCCUUUACAGGCGCACGAACAACUUUUUCUUCGACACGAACCACUCGCCGCCGCCUGUUAGGACGAGGCCCUUCGGCGACGACGAGUCCCAGACGGAGGAGUUCGCCAAGAGGGAGCUCUGUAAGCUGAACCCCUCGGAGAUAUGCCGCAAUCUCAUGCAUAAUCUGGAAAUCUUGGUCACUUCGGCAGCUAACAGCCGCCUUCGCGCAGAGGAGUACAUUGCAAAGCACCAGAACCAGCACCAGCAGCAACGCAACGACCAGGCCCAGCACCUCAACCAGGAUCAGCAGAAGGUCCAGGUCCAGAGCAAGCACGGGUACAUCUUCAACGGCAACAGCAAAUGCGUUCGCCUGGAGGAGCCGCGCCAGGAUCAGCACCAGAAACAACAGAACCAGGUCCAGCGCAAGCACAGGUAUGUCUUAAACGGCGAGUCGAGCUGCAUUCGCAUAGAGGACAUGACAAUGGAAGAGCGCCAGAAACACCGCCAGAAGCUGCGCCAACAGCUGCAGCUGCGGGAGGAGCAGCGCGAAAGCAACAAGCGCAAGCGGCCCACCAGGUUCUUCUCGAGCGGCGUCUCGCAGCUGGACCUUCAGGAUCUCAGCCUCGAAGGCAGUCCUGCGAGGCAGCGCUCAGGCCAGACGCUCGAGGAUAACCUGUACGACAUUUCCACCAGCUCCGCCAAGAGGGCCCUGAGGAAGCUCGACACGUCCCGCAAGCUCGUCACCUCGUACAACGCCUACGACGAGUUCAUGCUCGCCGACUCCGAGGACUACGCGUUCAUCGAGACCAGGUUCGGGCGCAUUCUCUACUCGCCCAAGAUCCAGGACGACAAGUACAUGUACCGCUUCAUCGUGCUUUCCAACGAGGCUCAGAACGUCGUCGAGAUGCUCUCCCGGUGCUCGAAGACUGGCGCCGGCGGCACAUACAACUACAAGCGCCUUCUUUCCGAGUCUCAGAUCAUGCACGACCUGGGCAUUCGCAUGUCCGGCGGCUGGACCCACUACUUUUACUUCAAGAACGGCCACAAGGAGCUCAUUUUGAGGAAGGCCAUCUAA